GGUUGGAGAAAGAAAAAGGUAAUAACAGCGCUACUUGUUAAGACUUCUGUGUGCACAUUUCCGGUAAUAUAUUUCAAAAUAUUUUCGAAAAAAUCACACCAAAAUGUCGACUAAUCUUGUUCAGGAAGAGCGUGUUACUAAAGAAGAACUAAAUAAACAGAUCAAGGAACAGAAGGUUGUGAUUGAUGAAUUGUCAAAUCUGAAGAAAAACAGGAAAGUCUUUGUCCAGCAGCCAAACAGCAACAUCUUCUUCCUCGCAGACAAAGGAGAGACACUGAGUACCUGCAAGAAGGAUCUGGACAAAAUAAAGAAAGAAUACCAGGACAUGUAGCUAGAGUCUGGCUGAGUGUGAGGAACAUGUGUGGGAUCUGCUGUGUAGUG